UUCUUUAUUUGCAGGAAAGAUUGUGUAAAGAAAGAUAAUACUAUAUAUUAUUGAAUCUUUGAUAAAGAAGACAACGGAAUGUAAUAACUUUCUAUAUAAAAGCUUAUCAUCGAGUGUGAAUGGGUCCAUUAGCAACGGUCGGUCGCUUAGACAGAAACUUUCAAUAAUUGGUCUUUAACAAAUUAACCGUGAGUGAAAAACAUUACUUACGAGUUACUAUAUAUGAGUCAAUAACAACCACCGUCAGAAAAAAAGGCAUACAUAAGGAAAAAAAUGAAACGUUCAAGGAAGUUCUCAUCGUCGGCAACAACAACCACCGUUAUCCACACUUUCUAUAAUGACCAUACUGCCCCUCCAGCAACCAGAGAGAUCCCGAUUGAAACCCCAACUCCGGCAGCUAAAGCCACCGUCAUGACUAACGCCUCCGCCGACAAAGCCACAGCCGCAGCACGGAUUCAAUCCGGCUACCGUUCUCACAAGAUCCGAGGCCUAUACAAAACGAUCUCGUCCGUCCAUCGGGAAGCCAACCGCGCACAGAGCAUGAUCCAACGGCAGGAGACUGUAGACGCCAUCAGAAGCGACGAGAAGGAACGGCUGAGGAUGAACGAGACGCUGAUGUCUCUGCUUCUGAAACUCGACUCUGUUCCUGGUUUGGAUCCGACGAUCAGGGAAGCUCGGAGGAAGGUGAGCCGUCAGAUCGUCGGGAUGCAGGAGAUACUCGACGCGAUAUCUGAGGCUAAAGACGAGAAUCAGUGGUGGUCUAACUACGGUGACGGACAAGGCGGCGCGUGGCCUAUGUACUGGGAAGAAGCGGUGGAGGAAGAGAUGUGUAGAGAGAGAGGCGGCGAUGAGAUGGAGAGAUUCUGUGCUCAGUAUUUGGGUUUCAGAUGUUUCCAGAGAUUUCUCAGAGAAUGACGGCGGUAAUUUCCCGGCGUACGGUAGAUUUUUCUCUUUUUCCGACAACUUCGUACGAUAGAGUUAACUCUCUUUUGUUUUUUUUCUACUUUAAGUUAGCCUAUGUUCUGUUAAAUUUACUAACGUCGUUUUGUGAGUAUGUAAACGGACUACGUGUCGUGUUCCUCGUAUGAAAACGUCACGUAGUGUUUUUGUGUACCAAGGGACUGGUGAACCUUAUAAUAAUGAAUAAUACGGCCCUAAAUAACAAUCUCAAAA